AUGGCGUCUUCGAAGCCUCGCCAACCGCGACUCCGCGCCUCCUGCGACGGCUGCUUUCUGGCCAAGGUCAAGUGUUCCAAAGCAAGGCCAAUAUGCUCCCGCUGCCUCACGUGCGGAAUCGAAUGCCGCUACUCACCAUCCAGCCGGACCGGGAAGCCCAAGUCAGAUGCGAGUUCAAAUACACAGCCUCCAGUCACGACGGAUUUGUCAGGAUUGCCUUCACCAGGGUCCAAUGACAAGGGCAUAAUGUAUAUGACUUCCCAGCCCAUGACAGGUCUUUACAGAUUAGACACGGGCUGGCACACACCUCCACACAACGCCGACGGUGGCAUGAGCCGGAGUCACUCAAUGUCCAGCUUGGCCAUGAUGGGCGUUGAUAUGAGCGUGGCGGGGACAACGGAUCCGACACUCGCGCCAGACAUCUAUCCGGCCGGAAUGCCGUGGACACCGCCUGCCGACAUUUCCGCCCAGUUUGGAGAGCCCCCGGCAAUGACCGCGCAACUAGGCCACGGCCGAUCCCACUCGUACGAUUUGGGUAUGUCGGCAUCAAUGCCGUGGGCCGACGCUACUGCGCCCGAGAUUUACGGUUACGACCAAGCUCAAAUGCCGCCAAACUACUUUCCUACCCCCGCCGCUACGCCGCAGCAAAUGAAAUGCACCCCGAGAAGCAAGUCUUCGCCCAACGGCUCGGUCGCCUCAGGGGGUUCUUGCACCUGCUUUACCGCCUGUCUACAGUCACUCCAGGCCCUGCACAACGCAUCAACUCCCGCGGCUCCACCUUUUGACACGGUACUAUCGUUGAAUCGGAAGGCGGUCGAGGGCUGUGCUGCCAUGUUGAGCUGCGCGAGAUGCAUGAGCCGCUCAGGGACGCACACAGCAGCCAUGCUCCUCGCCACCGUCAUUGGCAAGAUCACUUCUUUUUACAAGAACGCGUCCCACGCGUAUUUCGAAAAUGGCUUUUUUCCUACAAUGGGUUCUCCCAAUGCGCUUGGGGUCGCCAUUGGGCAGUAUACCCUUAUGGGCGACGAUGGCAGGUGGCUUGAGCUGGAGAUACUGGCGAGGGAGCUGCGGAAGCUCGAGGAGGUAUACGCCCAGUUCAAAGAUGUCUGCGCCGAUCUCUCCGAGGACCCAGAAGUCAGCAAGGCCAUGAUCGGCUAUCUUGGCCAUAACCUCGGUUCGACGCUCGAAGUCAUACAUCAGAGGAAGGGAGACGCCGCCGCAUAA